CGCCCUCUGUUGCUCCCGCAGGCGCCUCCGCGGUCCGCCUCGCUGCGCCGCAGGUCUCUCCGCGGUUCGCCUGCAGGUUAUGCCAGUCUCAGCUGCAGCACCUGAAGCGAACCUACAGCCUGCGCCUGAACACCCCAGCAAGAGCGAACGGCGUGACUGCAUCCCGAGCCAAACAUGUCCACAGAUAUAUGGGUGGGGAGCUGGCGCCCCCACAGGCCAAGAGGACCAAUUGCUGCCCUGUACAGCAGCCCCGGACCCAAAUAUGGGCUGCCAACGAAUGUAGGUCACCACCUGCACGACCCUUCUCGCUUCCGGGCUCCCGCCUACAGCUUUGGCACCCGCCGGUUCCAGGAACAAGAGAGCUGCUCCCCUGGGCCCGGCUACCUGGUUCCGCCCAACAUGACCAUGAGGGGCAAAGACUGCAUCCCCGCUUUCUCCAUCUACGGACGCCCCCGAGACAUCACGCCCUUCAUGACGCCGGGGCCAGGUCGCUACUGCCCUGAGAAAGCCGGGAGGUUGGCCUACCCCUCAGCGCCCAUCUACUCGCUUGCUUCGCGGACGAAGGAGUUUGACAACGACCAGACGCCAGGACCGGCAGCUUAUGGGCUCCCUCCUAUGAUCGGUCCGAAGGUGGCCAACAAGCCCACAGCCCCCAAUUACUCCAUUUACGGCCGCAGUAUGGUGGGCAGCUUCUACGAGGAUCUCAGCAAGACUCCUGGCCCCUGCAACUACCGCCUGGUGGACACCAGCAUCUACAAGAACCGCCCGCCGCAUUUCAGCAUGCUGGCUCGCAACAUGCCUCCAGGGGACACCACCAUAAAACCAGGCCCAGGAGCGUACAGCCCGGAGAAGUAUGCCCAGCAACGUGGCGUGACCUUCGGCAUCCGCCACUCGGACUACGUGGCUCCUCUCAUCGUGGAUGUGGCGGAGUGAAGCGGCCGAGUCGGCAG